AUGGUGAGAGAGUAUGAAGAGAACCUGAGGAUUGUGUUACAAAUCCUGAAGGAGUGUAAAUUGUAUGCUAAGUUGUUAAAGUGCGAAUUCUGGAAGGAGGACGUGAAGUUUUUAGGUCACAUGGUGAGUAAAGGAGGGGUAGCGAUGGAUCUAUCAAAGGUUGAGGCGGUAAUGGAGUGGGAAAGACCGACGUCAGUGACUGAGGUUAGGAGUUUCUUGGGGUUAGCCAGAUAUUACCGAAGGAAGUACAAAGAUGUAUCGUCAUUUGAAAAAAUGCUUUGGUGGCCUGGGAUGAAGAGUGAUGUAGCUACACUUGUGUCUAAGUGUCUGACAUGUCAGAAGGUGAAGAUAGAGCUUCAGAGACCGUCGGGAAUGUUACAGCCACUUGAGAUUCCUUAG